AUGAAGUGUCUUAUAGUUGUUUUUGUCAUAAUCUUGUGGGCAUGUCCAUACCUUGCCAUGUCUAAAAGAUUGCAUAAAUCAUCUCUUAUUGGAGCACACCAACAAUGGAUGAUUAAAUAUGGACGCACAUAUACAAAUAGUUAUGAGAUGGAAAAACGCUUACAAAUAUUUAAGAGUAAUUUGAAAUAUAUAGAGAAAUUUAACAAUGCUGGUAACAAAAGUUAUAAUCUAGGGUUAAAUCAAUUUUCUGAUUUAACUAAUGAAGAGUUUAUGGCUUUAUAUACUGGAAUCAAAGUUCCAAGCCAAUUUUCUUCCUCCAAAAUGAUAUCAAAUACAGUACUAUUCAAUGUGAGUGAUAAUGUUCCAACAAAUUUUGAUUGGAGGCAACAUGGAGCUGUCACUGAUGUUAAGUUCCAAGGCAUUUGUGGAUGUUGUUGGGCUUUUACGGCUGUAGCAGCUGUAGAAGGUAUUGUAAAAAUCAAAAGUGGAAAGCUGAUUUCAUUGUCAGAGCAGCAACUUCUGGACUGUGAUUACAAGAGUAGAGGAUGUACAAAUGGCCAUUUUGAAACUGCCUUCGCGUCUAUAAUACAAACCCAUGGUAUUCUCAAAGAAAGUGAUUAUCCAUACCAAGGAGUUAAACAAACUUGUCAAAUUAAUGGUAAUAUACAACCAGCAGCUCAAAUAAGUAAUUACAAAUUUGUAACUUCCAAUGAUGAAAAACAACUAUUGCAAGCUGUAGCACAACAGCCAAUAUCAGCUCUUAUUGCUAUGGGGGGUGAAUUUCGUUCAUACAAAGAAGGAAUAUAUUCAGGAUCAUGUGGAAAAGUUAUUAACCAUGCAUUAACUAUAAUUGGUUACGGGGAAAGUGAAGGUAAGAAAUAUUGGUUGAUUAAGAAUUCUUGGGGUAAAGGAUGGGGUGAGAAUGGAUACAUGAGGUUACUAAGAGAAGGCGAAGGAACUUCAGGUCAUUGUCAGAUUGCUACAUAUGUUGGAUACCCCAUUAUCUAG